AUGGCAGAGAAAUCCCUGCUAUUCCGAGGUGGCUUGGAUGUUACGAGAGGUCAGACAGGAACAGAGUCUGUCUACACCAAUUUCCGGGGCAAGGAGAUCAUGUUCCAUGUCUCUACAAAGCUACCCUUCACAGAGGGAGAUGCCCAGCAGCUUCAGCGGAAGCGCCACAUUGGGAACGAUAUUGUGGCCAUUGUCUUCCAGGAUGAAAAUACUCCCUUUGUCCCUGACACGAUUGCCUCCAAUUUCCUGCAUGCCUAUGUGGUAGUGCAGCUUCAUCACCAUGCCCUUGGGGAGACUCUCUACAAGGAGCGGACCCGCAGUGCUCUUCUCGAGAGUCUUUAUGAGGAGCUGCAGAUCCGGAGCCGCAGCAUGAUGGGCUUGGCCUCUGGAGAUGCUGACAAGAUAGAGAACGGGGGUGGUGGCUUCUUUGAGAAUUUCAAGCAAAGACGUUGCUGAAAGAAUACAGAAGGUACUGGAGAGUCCAGGACCCUUCUUUGACCUCAAGUCAGAUGGUUCCUCCAGUCCCAGUUCCCCAGAAUUCCCUAACAGGAAGAGCAAGUGAGUUCAGACAAAAUAUUGCUGUGAAGGGAGAGGCUGGAAAAGGUUUCAGUAGAGCAUAGAAAAAUUGGUCAUCCCUACCGUGUUGCUACCUACCAAUACAGAAGACAUUGGCUGACAUGAUGUGCAGCCCACCAGCCUCUGUAAGGAUGCGUUGUGGGGCUCUUGCAGUCGCAGACUUCAAAGGAAG